AUGAAGGACAACCUGCUGGACCUGGACGUCUGAUUGAGUUACUUUUUAAUUGAUUGACUGACUGACCAACUGAUCAGUUGACCGACUGACCAACUGAUGGAUGUAUUGAUUGAUGAUUAGGUGGCGAAGAAGGCCCAGACGCCAGGAUAUGGAGGAGAUUUGGAUAUUAAUUGAUUAUCUGAUCGACUAACUGACCGACCAAUUGAUUUACUAAUUGAUCAAUGUAUUGAUUGUUCACUAGUUGGCAGCACAGGGCCCGGACCCCAGGGACAUGGAAGAGAAGACUCACUAAUAAUGAUUGAUUGAUGUAUUGAUUGAUUGAUUGAUUGAUUAACUCAUUAAUCAAUGUCUUGAUCGUUAACUAGGUGGCGGCGCAGGGCCCGGACCCCAAGGAUAUGGAGGAGAAGGUGGAGAAGAUGACAGCAACGCUGGACGCCCUCCAGACUCAAUACGCCCGGCUCCUCGCCGAACACGAGGCGGGCCAGAGCAGACUGAAACGCAGAAUCACCAGACUGGAGAAGAAGGUGGUGGUUCCGGCCCAGGAGGUCCAGGAGGUCCAGGAGAUAGGGGUGGAGAUGGGUUCUGUGGCAACCACAGAAGAGAAGAAAUAG